UUCCACGAGUUUCCACGAUGUCACAAUGGUCUCCUCGGUUCUGGAGGGUAACAAUGGAGCCUUGGUUUCACGAGGAUAUCAAAAUUGUAUUUUUAGUUUUGGGGGGUAACAAUGGAGCCUUGGUUCCACAAAGUUCCAUGAUUGCCGAGCCAUGGGGGCUUGUAGCCACUCGGCACGAAGCUCGGAUAGCUGGUACAUCUGAGGGUCCACCAGAAGAACGGGAGGGACACUCGGGCUGCUGAAAUCCUGCUCGUUUAUUGAAGGGUCGCAGAAGGGGCAGACAGGGAGACAACGAAGCAGAAGGGAGGCCGAUUCUGAGAGCUCCGAAGGGCGGGGUGAGGAUUCUUUUACUGCGUAGGGGUAGGAGGGUUUAGCAUUCGAGGGUACAAUCGGGAGAAGGCUAAAGGGAGGGGAAAUAUAACAUUAACCCGUGGGGAAAAGGGAAAGGAGUGUUCUUGGUGGAAGAACCAAAGGGAAAACGUGGAACAGAAAAGAUUCUAGGAUAAGGGGCAGACUUGAACAAUAACUGACAGGACAGGGGGAGGGUACAAUUCUCUUACAAAAGGGGGUGGAGAACUCAUACAACUGCUGUUUCCCAUGGCAACCCUAGACUGCCUUCCCCAACCCCUCCUCCUACAGAGAGGUUUCUGCAGCUCCCUCUCACGGCCUGAUGUUCAGGGCCUGAGCACAAAGCCCCAGAGGGUCAUUCAAGUCCUUGUGCUGUGUCUGUGCUGCUGAGCUGGGCCAGGCUCCUGGCACAGAGGGUGAUCCUGGCAACCAAGAAGAGCUUCAAAAGCACAUUUCUCUGGAUGAGCAGCUCUUCUCCCAGCCCAGCAGGGCUGGGGCACUGCCUGCAGCCUGCCCGGGCACAGCCCAGAGGCACAGAGAGCUUCAAUCAGUCAGGGCUGGGAAGGUGCUGAGAAGUGCCUGGGGCAGAAUCACUGCCAGCCCUUGGCACAGGAACCUCUGGCUGCAGGACAAGGCAGCUGCAGCUCCUGGAGUGAUCUCCUCAAGCUGGAACAUCCCAAUGCCCACAGACCCUGUGAGUACAACUCUGAGUAUUUCUGGUGCAGGCCAGGUGAAAUGCUCAUGAAGCUCUGACAUGCUGAGGGGUUCUGAUCAGUCACAGAAUAUUUCCAGGACAAGGAUUUGAUAAAAAUUAGGAGAUUUCCAAAGACUUUGUAUUCAGUUUCCUAAUAUUCCAGGAAGGGAUGGAUGAAUAAUAAAUGUUGAUUAUGAAUUAUUGAUUAUUAAUUUUGCCAAGUGCCUGAGACAUCUGUUACUAUUAGUGAUGUACAGGUUCACAGUAGAUCCCUAAUGUGCUUGCAGCCACUCUGCCCAUGGACAGCAGCAGCAUCACCUCUGCUGGAGCCAUCAGGCUCAGUCUGAGCAGUCCUUUCUCCAAGCUGCAAACAGAAGCUGCCCCCAGCCAGUGCCCUGCAAACAGGCAGGGUUCUGUCAGGCCAAGGAGAGUGCACAGAGAUCUGGGGUCUGUGAGUGCUGGCACAGAGAGAUCAGGCACAGGGAAACACCUGCAGGAGGAAAAUCUCCAGGAAGCAGAGAGAAGAUCAGGCAAGGAGAGAAAACAAAACCCAUUAGUGCUGUGGCAGGGAGAGUUUAGAGCUGUGCAGAGGAUCCCCUCCAGUGCAGCCCCUCCCUCUGCACAAGCCCCCUCCCUCCUGUGCCCCCAGCCAAGCCUCUGCCCUCAGGGCCGGGGCUCCAAGGCGUGCAGCCCCUCCUGUGCAGGCAGAGCUGCAGCAGAGCCGUGGGGCAGCUCUGCAGCCCCGGGCCCAAUUCCCUCUGCAGAGCACAGGGCUGGGAGCAGCUGCCCGGCACUGGGGGCUCUGGCAGGGGGCACAGCUCGCUCAGGGUGACACAGCUGUCCCCAGGGCCCAGCUCUGGGCAAUGCUGGCAGUGCAGCCAGGGAAGGAGCUGCAUCUCCCUUCAUCCAAUGCCAUCAGAAGGAUUCUUGGAAGUCUCCCUGAGAUUUCAGUCCAAGCUGGGAGCUCCAAUCCAGGAUGCAAACCUGUCCUAGAGCAUCUCUGAGUUGUAAGAUUGAUGGGGAAAGACAGAGGUGUUCUGACACUGAAAAUGCUGCUGGGUUGGUAAAAUGAGCAAUGUGAGUCCUUGGCUACAAAUGUGGAGCUGGGCUGUGGUUGUGGGCUGGGCUCCAUCUGCUCUCCACUGUACCUGGGGUUUUUUUUAGGGAAAAUGUGGGAAGCUGAUCAACCUCCCCCAGAGAAAGGUUAAAGCCCAGAGAAACUCAGAACAGGUCCCCCUGUGCAGCCACAGCAAAUGUCCAACAGCAGCUCCAUCAGCCACUUCCUCCUGCUGGCACUGGCAGAGACGCGGCAGCUGCAGCUCCUGCACUUCUGCCUCUUGCUGGGCAUCUCCCUGGCUGCCCUCCUGGGCAACGGCCUCAUCAUCAGCGCCGGAGCCUGCGGCCACCACCUGCACACGCCCAUGUUCUUCUUCCUGCUCAACCUGGCCCUCAGCCACCUGGGCUCCAUCUGCACCACUGUCCCCAAAGCCAUGCACAAUUCCCUCUGGGACACCAGCACCAUCUCCUACUCAGCAUGUGCUGCUCAGCUGUUUCUGUUUCUCUUCAUCUCAGCAGAGUUUUCCGUUCUCACCAUCAUGUGCUAUGACCGCUACGUGUCCAUCUGCAAACCCCUGCACUACGGGACCCUCCUGGGCAGCAGAGCUUGUGCCCACAUGGCAGCAGCUGCCUGGGCCAGUGCCUUUCUCAAUGCUCUGCUGCACACAGCCAAUACAUUUUCCCUGCCCCUGUGCCAUGGCAAUGCCCUGGGCCAGUUCUUCUGUGAAAUCCCCCAGAUUCUCUGCUCCAAAUCCUACCUCAGGGAACUGGGGCUUCUUGCUGUUAGUGUCUGUUUAGGAUUCGGAUGUUUGCUGUUCAUGGUUUUCUCCUAUGUGCAGAUCUUCAGGGCUGUGCUGAGGAUCCCCUCUGAGCAGGGACGGCACAAAGCCUUUUCCACCUGCCUCCCUCACCUGGCUGUGCUCUCCCUGUUCCUCAGCCCUGGCACAUUUGCUUAUCUGAAGCCCCCCUCCAUCUCCUCUCCAUCCCUGGAUCUGGCCCUGUCAGUUCUGUACUCAGUGGUGCCUCCAGCCCUGAACCCCCUCAUCUACAGCCUGAGGAACCAGGAGCUCAAGGCUGCACCGUGGAGACUGAUGACUGGACCAUUUCAGAAACAGUAGACUUAUGGCCUAUUCCCCAAAUCACAUCAAAUAAAAGUAAUCUUUGAUUCUU